UGAUACUACAAUCAGACGGGUAUAAAUGAUUGCAAGGCUUGACUUAAUCACAGUACAUCCGUAACCAUGAAACUGUUGGUACUUCUGGCUUGUUUGCUAGCUGCCGUUUCGGCUGCUCCUGGAAAGGAUCAUUACGAGCUUGCUCGCGGAGGUCGUGUAGUUGGUGGUGUUAAUGCGCUGCCCAACGAGUUCCCGAGCAUCAUCUCCCUGCAACGUUUGAUCCUGACGGCAUCUGCUCACAUUUGCGGCGGUACCAUCCUCAAUGCACGCUGGGCUAUGACUGCCGGUCACUGUAUCACGGAAUCACCCGAAAAUGCACGUUUCGCUAUUUGGGCCGGAGCUCAUGAUAUUACUGUGGCCGAAACUAACAGACAAGUUAUCAACGUUGACGAGUCCAUCGUCCAUCCUGAUUAUCUUGGUGGAGUCAAUCCUUCAGAUGUAGCUGUUCUUCGUUUAGCCAGCGCUCUCGAACUGAAUGAAUUCGUACAGCCGGCUCUCCUUCCUGCUCAAGACGAUCUCGCCACCCCUGGACCAGCAACUCUUGCCGGAUGGGGUAGUACUUCAACUGGAAGUGUUCCUUCUAUGCCUGCCAUUUUGCAGAAGGUUCAGAAACCAAUCAUUUCAUACGAUGCCUGCGAAGAAGCCAAUGGAGGACCAGGUAAUACCCCACUAGGACCGACAAAUGUUUGCACGGGACCAUUGACCGGUGGAAUAUCAGCUUGCUCCGGAGACUCCGGUGGCCCACUGUUCCUUAUCGAUGGUGGUGUACAGACACAAGUCGGUAUCGUUUCCUGGGGAUGGAUACCAUGCGGUAGCGUCGGUCGUCCAUCUGUGUACGUUGGUGUUGCCAGUUAUCGUAGCUGGAUUGAUUCACAGAUCGACUAAGUGAGAGUCAGUUGUUUAAGUAGUUGAAUGAAUGUUAGAUGUUACAAAAAAUAGCCUUGUUGUUCUUUGCAAAAUCAAAAGACGAACGUCGUUGUAUUUCCCUUUUUAAUAAGAAAUUUCAAAAACAA